GGCAAUAAAGGUUACUCAUCGUGUAUUCGCUAUUUAGAAGACGAUCGGAAUGUGGACGAAUCAUAUUUAACCCUAGUCAACGAGUCCUCUGUGUCGGAUGACCAGAAAUGCGAUUGGCGACCACUUUUGAUACUUGUUCCUUUGCGACUGGGACUAACCAGCAUUAAUCGUUGCUACCUGCCUGCUAUUGAGAAUUACUUCAAACUCGACUCAUGUGUUGGUAUUAUUGGAGGCAGGCCGAAUCACGCACUUUACUUCAUCGGUAUAGCUGGCGACAAACUCGUUUACCUUGAUCCACACUAUUGUCGGCCGUCGGUUCUUGAAAAAUAUGGGAACACAAGAUUCGAGGAUGGAUUUGAUGCUCUUGAUGUGACCGAAGACGUUCCCGCUUCUGUAUCGUUGAAAAGCUUGAAUGACGAAAGUUUUGAUGACACAUCAUUCCACUGUAAAAUGCUCCUCCACAUGGGUUAUGAUCAGAUCGACCCAUCAAUGGCGAUAGCGUUCUUUUGUGAAUCGGCCGAAGCUUUCAAAAAGCUCACUAUCGAUCUCAAAGAAAAAGUGUUUCCUGCUUCACAACCACCGCUUUUUGAACAACUCGAAACUCGUCCAAAAUACUGGCCACCUUUCGAACCUUACACAGGCGUGAAAGCAAAAAUUGAAAUGAAAGAAUUUGACGACAUGUGCGCUCCCAACUACGUUAUCGACGAUGGUUUUGAGGUUCUCGAAGAGACGGAAGAUCCCCUCACUGAUUUGGCUGAUGAUUUGCUGGAUGCCUAA